CUUUGCCUUUUUCUAAACAUUAAAUUUUUUAAAAACCCUACAGCAUUUCAAGUGCAAGCUAGCUCCGGAAAUGAACGACAACAAAAGAAGCUGAUCGACUGGCAGUCGGAAAUGGAAGGAAUGCAGGUUGUGUGGUAGUAAUAAAACAUCUGGAAGAAGCUAGCAUAGGAGUAGGAAAGAAAGGGGGGGCGUUAAAAACCGGAGAGGCUGCUUUGCACUGUGAGCUGCGGGGCGCCGGGCAGAAAAGAAAGGCGAAGUUUAAAAAAGGAAAGGAAAAUGAAGUGUUAUAAAAGACAGGCAGAGAAAGCCUCCUUUGUAUAUUAGCAGAGGGAAAAGGACCAGAAGGGAUGGCCAGCUGAUCGUCCAGAUGUGCAGGCACCUCAUCACCUCCUCCCUUUUGUGUCAACGGGGCGGAAAGCGAAGGAGGCAGCUCGAGCUUGUUCUUCGCGGGGCUGCUGAUCACUUGCGGAGGAGCCGAGCCUGGGGCAGCCGCCCCACCUUCUCCUCCUCCUCGGACUAGUCGGAGGGCCGUCGGGGGCUGCUGCUCCAGCCGAGGAAACGUCGGCGAUGAACCUGACAAGGCGAUGCUCGCGGUCCUGAACUGCCAAACGCCCCGCCGUCUUCCGCGAUGCAGGUUUGAUCAACCCGGAGAUCCGCUCAGCGUUCGAAGGGUUAAAGAUGAUGAGGAAGAAGAGGAAGCGCGGCGGCCCGAUCGCCUGCUCAUGCAGCAGCCCCGUCGCCGCCGCCGCCCCGCCGCUGGAGUCCCGAAGAGCUGCAUGGACGGGCAUGGGGAGAGCGGCCCCUUCCUGCGCCAUCGCCUCCGCCGCCAGGGCUGAGCAGCAGCGGCGCCGCCUGCGCCCCCCGCCUCUGCCUACCCUCACCCUACUGUUCAGCCUCGGGCUGCUCCUACACACAGGUGAUUGCCAGCUGCAAACACCAUGUCGAAUCCAGAAGUGCACCACGGACUUUGUAUCACUAACUUCUCACCUAAACUCUGCCAUUGAUGGCUUUGAUUUGGAAUUCUGCAAAGCCCUGCGUGCUUAUUCUGCCUGUACCUACCGCAAUUCCAAAGUCUGUCGCGGAAACCUGGUCUACCAUUCUGCUGUGCUGGGGAUCAGUGAUCUCAUGAGCCAGAGAAAUUGCUCCAAGGAUGGUCCAACAUCCUCUACAAACCCUGAAGUUACUCAUGAUCCCUGCAAUUACAGUGGCCGCCAGGCAGCCAAAGAACAUCGGGGAGGAGAGCAAACACAGCCUCCUCCUGCUUACCUCUUCUGUGGCUUAUUUGGAGACCCACAUCUACGGACCUUUAAGGAUCACUUUCAGACGUGCAAAGUGGAAGGGGCCUGGCCUCUCAUAGACAACAACUACUUGUCUGUUCAAGUGACAAACGUACCUGUGGUCUCAGGAUCCAGUGCUACUGCGACAAAUAAGAUAACCAUUAUCUUUAAAUCUUACCGAGACUGUACAGAACAGAAGGUGUAUCAAGCGGUGACUGACGAUUUACCAGCAGCUUUUGUAGAUGGCACAACGAGCGGUGGUGAUGGCGACACCAAGAGCUUGCGUAUUGUGGAGAGAGUGAGUGGCAAAUACGUGGAGAUGCAUGCCAGGUACAUUGGGACCACUGUAUUUGUCCGGCAGGUCGGACGCUACUUGACACUAGCCAUACGCAUGCCGGAAGAGCUUGCCAUGGCUUAUGAAGAGAGCCAAGACCUACAGCUCUGUGUGAAUGGCUGCCCCUCAAGUGAACGCAUUGACGACAGUGGGCAUCUACCUUUGUCGGUGAUGGGGCAGCUCCAUCCUCAUGGUGCUGCCAGUCCAACCCGGCCUGUGUACACACUGGAGAGUGCCACCAUUAAAUGCCACGAGAAGAUGCUGGUGAAGGACAUCUAUUUUUACUCUUGUGUGUUUGACUUGCUUACCACUGGCGAUGCCAAUUUCACAGCCGCUGCCCAUAGUGCCUUGCAGGAUGUCGAGGCCUUGCAUCCUAGGAAGGAGCGAUGGCACAUCUUCCCCAGUAGGGGGGGCGCCGGACAGCCGAGCACGUUGUCUCUCCGUCUUGGACUCGUGUGCUUGAUGCUUGUUGUGUUUUUGUAGGGGAUUUUUUUUUUUUUGGUCAAGAACAAAGGUUUUAAAAUAUAUAUUGUCAUAAUAUAUUGAGUAAAGAGUAUAUAUGUAUAUACCAUGUAUAUGAAGGGAUGCUUUUUGUCCUGGGACACCCAGCAGAUUGUACAUAUUGUGUUACCAUUUUUCCAUGUAUGUUGGAUGUAAUAUUCUUUAUCUGAUUGUAAUAAUUUUUUGCUUUGCAGUUGGUGAAAUGUUUUAUAAUGUCCUUUCAUCAGGACCUGAUAGAAAGCACUUUAUUUUUUUAUAUAUUAAAUAUUUAUGUGUAUCUAGGUAAUAUGUAAAGCAUUUAUCCACAUGUACAUAUAUCAUACCCAGUGCUCCCUCUAAGUAUGGUCUAGCUUAAUUUACAUACUUACGAUCUUCCGUGAUCCCUUCCCUCUUUGUCAUUUCUUUGGCCAGUUGAAGCAAAAUGAGAAGCUGGCUGAAAAAUACAGGUACUGGUCUGGGAAGAGCAGACUCUUCCUUGGCUCCUGACCCAGUAGCCUUUUAUUUCAUUGGAACUCAGAAGUUGCUUGCCAAUGACCCUUGCAAUUUGAUCACUCGCAGCUGCAUCUUGUUUGUUUCUGAUGCAGGCAAUUUUGCUUCCUCCUAAGGACCACUUCCUGUGUACCAUAGUGUACAUAGGAAGUGGUCCUUAGGUAUCUGAACCUGAGCUAGGUUCCAGUGUACAAGUACAAAAUACAUACGUCUUGUAUUGGUGAUGAAGGGCACACAAGUGUAGAAAAUUGUGUCGUCUUCCUUCCAAAUGUGUAUGAGUAUGGCCUAAACCUCUCUCAAAACCUUGGGAGAGUUUUGGACUCCAUCUCUUGAUGAUUAUAUAGAUAUAGAUAUAGAUAUUAUAUAUGGAUGUCUGCAAGUUGUUUGUAUUAAAUGUGUACCCUACAAUAGUGGUAGACCCUACCUGGUUAAUAAUGUUUGAUUUACCUACCCCACCCAAAAAUGCGGAAAUCUCCAGUUCAUCUAAAAAGUGUUUUGCAAAAUCUUUUCUCUAAAGUUUGGCAACAGGGAGUCAGACCAUUAUAAAUUCUGAGUUCAGUGCCAGUUUAUGGAUCAGUAACCGGUUCAGACACAUUUCAUGCAGAAUUAUCAUCAUUAUCUUUUGCUUGCAGUGCAACUCUCUGAAAUGAAUACAAUAGCUUUUACUUGAGAAAAUAUUUUUAUUUUAGAAUUUUUUAAAGGUAGAUGCAUGAAACGGGAAAAUGGCCAGUUUAAGAUAAAUGGUAGAACAGCAAGGACAGCUUGCAGCUGCCAAGGGGAACUCAAGGAGCUCCACACCAAGGCCUUGUUGCUGGAAAACAGCCUAUGGGUGGGUAAGCCUCUACCUCAGCACCAGGAGGACAACCAGUCUAGACCCUGCCUGCCACUCCCUCCUGCUCCUCUGUUUCUCUUCUUGUUAGAUGUCCAAGGUUCUCCAUAUAUAGCUGAAGCAGAGAGGUGCCCUUACCACCCCGAAACAAUCUCCUCGGUGCUUAAUUAGUGAGUUGAUUAUUGCUCUGUGUUUAUGGGUUCAGUUCAGCUUCCCAGCAAGCAAGAGGUUUUAGGUUCAAGUUGAAAUUCCGAUUCAUUCUAGGAAAGACCUCCCUGAUAUUCAGCACUGGGUUCAUCUCUCUGCUUGGAAGUUUCUAGGUUUUUGUCUAGAAAGAGAGAUCAGCCGCCUGAUCCUAAGGCUUGCUGUGCCAGCAUAUCUAAAUGCUUGAAGAGUGGUUCUGGUGCAAGGAAGGCCUGGCUGAGAAAACAGGAGCAGAUAUUGAAAGGAGGCUGAGAUUGCAUGGUUGUCGUCAGGCCUAGGUCAGUUGUUUCGCUGGUUGUUUUAAGUGCAACACAUUGCAGAGGGCAGUCCUGCUUAUCUGUCAAAAUGCCAGACUGUGUAUUGUGGCACCUUUAAAAGGCUAACUGAUUUAUUGUGGUUUAAGCUUUCAUCUGAUGAAGUGGGCUCUGGUCCACAUAAGCUUGUUGCGAUAAAUCUGCCACAAGACUUCCCUUGGAUAAGUGUAGCAAAGGAGACCGUGUGACCUUUCCAUAAUGGAAGUGGUUUAUUUGCAGUAGGGACCUAAUGCUCCUCCCAUAUUUUUCUGGUUUUACUGCCUGGGACCUUCAGAGUAUACGAUAAGCAUCCACACUCUUUUACCUACCUUUCUCUUUACCUACCUGCCCACCGCCGGCCAGAAAGUGCUCUGCCAGCUGAGCCAUGUUUGGUCUCUUAAUUGUAUCUUGGGCAGGGGAGUGGGGGGAGUAUUUUCACCUAGGGUAUGCCACUGUGACAUAUCAGUGGAAUCGGAUGUCCUCAAUGUCAGCCCAACAGGAGAGAGAGAGAGGAGAGGAGAGGAGAGCUGGUCUUGUGGUAGCAAGCAUGACUUGUCCCCAUAGCUAAGCAGGGUCUGCCCUGGUUGCAUAUGAAUGGGAGACUUGAUGUGUGAGCACUGCAAGAUCUUCCCCUCAGAGGAUGAAGCCGCUCUGGGAAGAGCAGAAGGUUUCAAGUUCCCUCCCUGGCUUCUCCAAGAUAGGGCUGAGAGAGAUUCCUGCCUGCAACCUUGGAGAAGCCGCUGCCAGUCUGUGAAGACAAUACUGAGCUAGAUAGACCAAUGAUCUGACUCAGUAUAUGGCAGUUUCCUAUGUUCCCUAUGUUCCCAAGCUGCUAGAAGAGUAGCAGAACUGUGUAGAAUCCUGGCGCCAGAUGCCUCUAAUUCCAGAUGAAGAGUGUUUCAGGAUAGCAGAGUAGAGUAAAGGCAUGGGAGCUUCCAUAACACCUAGUGCAUGCUAGCCAGGAAGAGAAGGCACUUCUUAUUAACAACAAAGCUGCCUUAUGUGUUGACUACUGAUCUGUCUAACUCACUCGACUGGUCGAGUUACGCUAGCUCAGGGCUGUUCAGCUUCGGCCUUCCAGCUGUUUUUGGUUGGUAACUCCCACAAUCCCCAGCCACAGCAGUCAAGAGCUAGGAAUUAUGGGGAUUGUAGGCCAGCGUCUUCAAAAGGGCUGAAGUUGAGCAGCACGGCCCUAGCUGUGUAUUACACGUGACCUCUGCUUAUUCAGUGGAGUGUCAAACAGGCACCAACACCUGUAUGGAAUAUACACACAACCCCCCACAUGCUUUUCAGAUCAUUUACUACUGAAGAGUGGACACGGAGCUGGCAGGUGAAGCUUCCCAAAUGUCAAAUAUUGAGUAAAGAGGAGUUAUUCUGAAUGGGGCUCUAGUCUAGUUAGGAAACCAUGAGCUGUGAAUUCACUAAUGGCCUUGGAGAAGCUGCAGCUUCUCACUUGCCUGCCCUUAGCCUCCCACUCCAUCUGAAAUAUCAGCAUCAUAUUAUUUAGCUUACAGGGCUGGUUAAGGAAUACUGGAAUAAAACCAAAGAGAGAGAUUGUAAUAAAUAAUGGCUCCCUUGGCUUAAUAUUGAUCUGUUUAGUGCUGGCACUGGAGGAAGUACUUGUAUCCUUUUUAAUGCCCAAGUUGGACAUUGUUGGGUCAGAUUAUUCUGGGGCUCAGAAUAACGUGUGCUGAAUUUGCUGCUUAGACCAGUUUCCUCAUUGCAUGCAUGAAUUAAUUGAUUCAAUCUUGAACUGUUUUUUUUUUUUAAACGGUUUUAGUUUAAUUGCAAGUAGAAUUUGAAGGAAAAUACCCCCCCUUCCCCUUUGAUCUUCUAUGGACAGAAAUAUGAUGGUUUUAGAGUAGUUGCAUUUUGCCCGUUUGUGUGCCAAGUGGAAAGGUAGUUGUGGAAGAAGUCUGGUAGACAAGCCUAGAGUUGUAGCUGCAAUGUGAGCCCCCUCGUACACAGCUGCGUGCUAGCUAAUUUCCUGUGUUCCCAAGCCCCAUGAGUAUAUAUGUACACUAAUAUCUAAAUCAUGAAGCCCAGAGAUAAGUAAUAUUUCAGAAAUGUUAGUACCUGGAGUGUAUUUUUUAAUUUUCUUGUUCCUGCGGUGGGAUUUCUUGAGAAAAUGUUAUUUGCACAUGUUGGCUCUUGGAAGUCCACCACAGCCAAGAGAGCUUUAGUUAAUGCCAAACAUAUGGAUAUUUUGAAGCUAGUGAGUGGUCUCUGGGGAGAGCUUACGCUUAGAGGGAACACUGGUUUUCACAGACACACUCCAAAUGGCUGUCUUUUUAGAAGGCUUCAAAACUUAUUUUUAUGCUUGAAAAGCCCACAGUGUGCCCAGUGUUUUGCAAAAACCCUUUAGAUGUGGUUCAUGGAUAUACUAAUAAGUAUACAUUUGUGUAGGGGGAAAAAAAAGAAAGUGAUUGUGCAGUGUAUAAAUACUUUAAAUUAUUAUGAUAGAAGAAUAAAGUUACAUACCAUGCUGUGGAA